GGCCCCUCAUUACGUCACCAGAAAUAUAAGAAUGGAGCGAAUUGCGAAAGCUCAGAUAGGAUGAGCUUUCGCUCCAUUCUUAUAUUUCUGGUCACGGAAUUCCUUUGGUUUCAUCACGAGUCUGUUUACUUUGUAAAUGAAACAUAAAAAGUGUGAAACACAAUGUUUGUGCUUGAUAUUAGGACGCAAUGAAACUACCGGACCACGAUGUAUGGGGACUUGCCACCCCAUGGCAACAUUAAAAUAUAUCGACUCUGUUACAUCGUUUCCUGUUAAUAUAUAUCCGAUCCACUUUUAUUUCAGUUUCUGACCAACGAAUCAAGCUCCGUCAAACGAGUUACACUAACUCAUUUGUCUUUACACGCUGUCCACGUUUCAGUUUAUCAAAUUACGAACCAAGGAAAUAUUCCGUGUUGGUCUUGUUAUAUCAUUCACACGUAAUUGUGUGACUGUGUGUUUGUUUGCUUUCAAAGUUCUCUUGUUAUUCACUGGUAAUUAUGUGACUGUGUGUUUGUGCUGCUAAUUGCUCCAUGUAAUCCGAACAUUCCCCUUACCUGUCAUUUAGCUCGCAUUAAACUCGAUUUUUAUUUUUGCAUUCUUUUUACUGUUGCGCUAUAAUUUAUUAACGUUAGUUAUAAAACUCUGAGUUUGAUUAUAUUAAUUUCCGCAUUUUUAAAAAUGUUUCACUAUAAUUACUAUCGUUAGUUGUAAUAUUGACAGGGAAUUAUUUAAGUCAUCCCUUAAUUCAAAUCGAAUUCCUUAAUUGAUUAUGGGCUAAGUUAUAUAGAUUUAUUUUACCUUUUGCAUCGAUAGUUGAAAUCCAUAUUCAGUUUAACUUAUAAUUUUAUUUUAAGCCUCUCAUGAAAAAGAAGAAAGAAUAAUGGAAAGAAUAAUGGAAAGUUUAAUGGAUUUUGCAGUAGACCCUGCGACUCUUCGAGUCGCAGGUAUUGCACAUUUUGUAGACCCAUCAAAUUUGGUAGUAGAAGAAGUUCAUGAGGCUCUUAGAAGAGUUCAUGAAAAGACACCUGAAAAAGAUUGUGAAAAAGAUUGUGAAAAAGAUUGUGAAAAAGAUCGUGAAAAAGAUUGUGAAAAAGAUUGUGAAAAAGAUUAUGAACUACGAGAACUUCCAAAAAAAGGAGUAGACCCUGCGACACUUCGAUAUAAUAAAUCAAAAGAACAUCCAGAUUCAGAUGAUACUGAUAGAUCAUAUUCUGCGAAUGAUAGUGAUACGCUUUCUUCUGUAGAAAACGAAGAGUUUAGUGCAGUAUGUCCUGCGACUCUUCGAUAUGAUGAACCAGUAGAACGUAGGACUCCAAUUAUGACAAGAGAUGAACCAGUGGUUCAUGUAAUAACAAGGGCACCUGAACCAAUAUAUUACAAACCCGAGCCUAGAGUAUGUCCUGCGACUCUUCGAUGUGAUGAACCAGUAGAACGUAGGACUCCAAUUAUGACAAGACCUGAACCAGUGGUUCAUGAACUGACAAGGGCACCUGAACCAAAAAUAUAUAUAGACCCUGCGAAUUAUCAGAGACACUUAGAUCCAAUGGAUAUAGUACAUCCUGAAGCACCUGAUUUUGCUAUCGACAUACCCGCAAGUCGUCACGAAAACUAUGAUAAUGUUCAAGUGAAAAUAGAGCGUGCGGUAUGCCCUGCAACUCUUCAUGCCAUUCCUAACUUCAUGCCACAGUAUAAGUAUGCUGAUACAGACAGUAAUUAUUUCACAGCUGUUAAAGAGGGUCACCAUCAUAGGGACACUCAUUUAAGACUGGAACAUUUGUGCAAAGAAUUCGGUUACUCUACAGAUGAGGUUAACAAACAAGGUGAAGGCAAGUGGGGCCCUCUCCAACUAGCUGCUGCUUUUGGAGACGUAGACAUUGUGGAGGAGCUGUGUAAGUACGAACUUAUUGAUCUAGUACAGCAGGAUGAUGAUAAUGAUACGCCGCUCCAUACUGCUGCUUAUUGGGAUUAUGAUAGCACGAUUGAAAUUAUUUUGAACAGAGCUAAGGAUCCAGAUGAGGCGAGACUUGCUAUAAAUAUGUCUAACAAAGCCAAGGAGACUCCAUUUACUUUCGCUGCAACACGCUAUCAUAAAAAAUCAUGUGCUAUGAUGAUCAGGUACAGUCCUCCUCUUGCUUACAUAUUUCGUAUCGCUAAUCCCGGGCGGAAUCCUGGCACGCACGAUGUGGAAAAAGAAAAAGACAGUGGAAUAUUUGGAAAAUUGCGAACGAAAGAGGCAGUGACAAAUUUUGAGAAAAUGAAUGAACACAUUAUAAGGUAUCACCAGCGAAACGGUCAAGGCAAAACUUCUAUCAAUAUCAUGAUAACUAAAAUGCCAGAGUUGGUAUUCGAAAUCCUGGAUAAAUCGAUAAUCACAACUAAAACUGCUAUCCUCACUAAAAGUAGCAAAGGUUCUGAAAAUAAGCAUGAAGACAUUCAGCGAGUCAUCGUUGACUUCGGAGCAUUGGAAAACUACGGUGAAGAGGAAAAGGAGGAGAAAAAGGAAAUGAAAGACUCCGAAGAAUUGGGAAAAAAAGGUGAAAAGGAGCUUCUUAUGACUGUCAAUGCGGAGAAGGAGGAGGAGAAGGAGAAGGAGAAGAAUACGAAGAAGAAGGAGAAAAGGGACAAGAAGGAGGAGGAGGAAACAGGAAAGCCUCUAACUUCGGGAUACUAUAAGCACGGUUCAAACCCGCUCCAGAUCAUGGCAAAGAUGAAUCAUAGUCUUCUCACACAUCCAGUGGUAGAAGCUUUGAUCGUUACAAAGUGGGAAAAGUUUGCCAGAACUUACUUCUAUAUUUUCACCUUCCUUCUUUACCUGAUAUUCUUCUUCGUGCUGAUGGGAUAUCAGUUCACUCAAAUCAAACCAUUUGAACUUUUGGAAAUUGAUAAAGCUAUUAGAUCCUGGAUUGAAAAUUCUAGCCAUACUUGUGAUGAAUUUCCCGAUGGCUGCUCAAAGAAGAAAUCUGCAGAGUGUGAUAUCUUUGGAUACAUACUUCUGGUGAUGUCUGCUAUUCGCCUAUUUCUUGAGCUUCUGGAUCUCCUCGAUAAUGUUUUCAAUGGAUCAGAUCUUGAUAGUGGAAGUAACAGCCCUCUUGAAACUGGCAGAGCGUGGUUACAAGGUUUGAUGAACUAUCUUAUUGACCCUGAGAACUAUUUAGAGGUUAUCUUAUACGGCAGCAGUCUGUUCUUUUCUCUCAAUGUGCUGGAACCGCAAAGUGUCAUGUCCCCUUUUCAUUGGAAAAUUGGAGCUCUCUCCGUUCUAACCAGCUUUAUUAACCUCCUCCUUCUUCUCCAAGUAUUCCCGAAUAUUGGAAUAUACAUCAUCAUGUUCUUCAAAAUAGCAUGGACAUUCCUCUCAAAGAUAUUAUCCUUGCUAGUUUUCUUCUUGAUCGCCUUUAUGGUGGUAUUCCACAUGCUGUUGAGCCACACAAAUGUCUUUAGGAAAAUACUGUCCGCAGAUGCCAUCUUCAAGACCUUAUCUGCGGGAGUAUCUGGAGUCGAAUACGACGAUUAUGCCGACCAAGAAAUGAUUUACCCAACAACAACGCUGGUGGGUCUCAUUGCUUUCGCUCUGUUUGUCCAAGUUCUCUUCUUGAAUCUUGCAACUGCUCUUGCAAUAGGAGAUGUGGAUGCAAUCCGAAGUGGAGCGGAAAAGGCCAAAAACGCACUUAAAAUCAAGCACAUCUAUAAUGCACAGAGAAUAGUGAAUCUCAUACAGUGGGUAGCCAAACCCAUAUUUUGUGGAAGUGCUCUAAACUUCCUGGAACAUCAGAAGCGAUUCCGAAACAUGCCAGCAAAGAGAUUUAAGAAAGAUCGACUUGCAUAUAUCCAAACAUGUACAGAGAAUUCCGAGAAAUCAGAGAUAUGUACCAAGAAAUGCACAGGGAAAUGCACAGAGAAAUCUGAAGAUUUGGUCAUUCCAUUUUCUGAUUUUUAUGAAAGCAUGGUUCAAACCCGCCCCAGAUCAUUGCAGAUCUGGAGAUGAAUCAUCGUCUUUUCAAACAUCCAGUUGCAUCUAUCCAAACAUGUACAGAGAAUUCCAUGAAAUCAGAGAAAUCAGAGAUAUGUACAAAGAAAUGCUUAGGGAAAUGCACAGAGAAAUCUGAAAAUUUGGUCAUUCCAUUUUCAGAUUUUUAUGAAAAAUAUUACAAACGUUAAAUGUCGUAGUAAUCAAAAAUCGAGUAUUGUUCUAUAAACUAUAUAGAGAAUAAACUCACGAUUUAAGGUUAUUUGCUCCUUUGAAUUGAAGGAGAUUUUACAACGGGUAUACAUUUCAACUAAAAGAAUGUUAAGACCUUUAUUUUUAAGAUAGAAGGGAAACUCUUACUGCAUUAUAUUUUUGUUAGCACUUAUCAGUCUUUUACGAUAUUAUACGAGUUUUAGAUUGUUGUAAAGUUUUUAAGUAAUACAAGAUGAUAAUAAUCACUAACUCACUUUUGAGAAAUGCAUGUUAGUUUUUAAAAUAUUUAUUUACAGAUGUUUUUGCUUAUUAAAAUAUGUGAAUUGUGAAUCUUUUAUAACACUAUUCAUUAACUCUUAACCUAUGUUUGCAUUGAUCUAUGAAUUAAAUGGAAAUUACAUGCCAUGUCUAAUGUCGAUUGAACUAAAGUGUAAAAUAAAAACAAUCAGUCGCAAUUGAUCAUCCCAAUCCUAAGGUGACAAAUAUAAGAUGAAUUUCAAUCGUGGUAUGCAGUUACCCUGUACCAAAAUAAAUAAACGUCAAGAUGAAGUCUGUCUAUCGCUUAUUCUUCCACUCUCAAUAUCUUCUAUCGCCUCAAGGAUCACUUGUUCCCGUUUCUUUAAUCGCCCCAGAGCCCACUCCUUCUCCAGAGCUCGCUUCUCCGCCUCAGCUGCUGCUUUCUCCUCUACCACGUAACGUGAUCUUAAUAUUUUCAACGCUGGUCCCAUCGAUAUUGUAGUCAUCACCAUACCCUGUGCUCCUAACUCUGCUCCAUCAUCGUGCUUGUUUUCACGCUCACUCCCACUAAAUGUUGAUGCUGCACUGACAGCUCCGUCCCCUGCCUCGGGCAGCCAAUACCGGAAAAUUGUGUUCCCAACCCCUAGAGCAUCUUCCAGAAUAUUCGCUGUUCUGUUAGCAGUAUGUCUAGCUUCCACCACUUCCAUUUCUGCUUC